AUGGCAACGUCUUCAACCAAUCAUACAGUAGAAGUACCGGAAAACGAUACUAUGAACCGCUGUCAGAAGACAUAUCAAGGAGAAGACUUCCCAUUCUUUCAUUUUGAUCAUAGUACAUCUAUCACUUCUGCGACGCAACAGCCACUACGUCUUCCUGGCUAUUCACAUUCUUUUGAAAAGAAUCUUUCAGAACUAGGAACAGACGCAGAGGCAAAAGUUACAGUUAGUUCGUCUCUUCAUUCUUUGGGAUCUUUAGUAGGCUAUCUUGGAAGUAAUUUGCCAUCUGGAAGGUUUGCUGAAAACAACAGCCUCGAUUCGUCCAUUAACGACCUUUCCUUUGAGGCUGAGCAACUCGAAAGAGCUAUUAGGCAAAAUGACACUUCUUUUGUUCGACGGAUGUUGGAGCUUCAUCACGCCAGGUUUCCAGUUAAUCUUCAUGGGAGCAUCUUAGACAAAAGUAGCUGCGGCUCUCAAAGCCACUGUGUUAGUCAAGAUGUAGACAUCCUACUUCGUAAAAGCCAGACGUUACUUGACCGUUUUGACCGUCGAGAGAGCUUAUCCACAGACCAAGAGUCACCUCUUGUGUUUAGUAAUGCUCUUCAUCUGGCCAUUGAACACAAUUCCUUAGACGUAGCACGCCUUUUGCUCAAGUAUGGUGUGGAUCCUAAUGAAAAAGGUGUGCUUCCCACGGAUGCUGAUUUGCGAGGAUCUCAUUGUGUGGUGUCUUCUGAUGAUGAAAGCAUGGAUGAACAACGUAAGUGUGGCACAGUUAUUGAUAGCGGAGUAGCACAGUUUCUUCUCAGUUCUAACCCGAGUCUGCACAGUGACCUGGCAAAAGAACAACCUUUUCUGAUCUCUACCCACCCAACUACUAAGCUCUUUGUUACAAGAACCAACUUGUUAUCUCAUGAAAGAACGGUGUUUGUGUCUAGUGAUGGUAAGGAUGUAUUCUACGAAGAAGUGUACACGCGAGAGACACUGUAUAAUCUACCACCCCUUUUUCUUGCUGUGGUAUUAGGUUACGCAAAUCUGGUUUACUUAUUGUUAAAGUUCGGAGCGACAGUAAACGUGCAGGAUGAAUACGGAGUUACCCCACUUCAUCUAGCCGUCAGCAGGAACCGAGUGUCUUGGCAGUGCAUUCACGUAUUAUUAGAAGGUGGUGCUAAAAUUACGACAGGAAACUCCCAAGGUAUCAGUCCUUGUGAUCUCAGUGAGGUAGAUUUGGUACAUUUACAAAGAUCAUUAAUAGAAGGUGCCCUAUCAUGUCUGACAGCACAUCCUACGCAAAAGGGAAGCGGCAAUUCUUUUAGUGAAGAAUCGGUUUCAACCAACAGAUAA